AGUUUGGCACUUGACAGUUCCGGGGUCAGAUAAACUUUUCGCCUUGUAAGUGUAUUAACUCUACACACUUUCCAGAUUGAAGUGAAAGUUUAAACGUUGGUUUUUGAGGAGAGGGUAAAACGGGAGUACCCGUAGAAAAAACCCGUCGAAGUAGCCUUGGAGCAGGCUUACUUGUGCGAGUUUCAGGCAAGUCACUUUUCCUCGCACAAUGGUGGCUCCGCCUCCAAAGUUUUCCCCGAACUCGCACUAGUGAGCCACUCACACAGCAGGCUACCCUCAAAGCAGAGAAGAGAACUAAAAGCAAACUCAACCCACUUUUGGUGUUGAGGUGGUGACCCAAAACCGAGGCCACAUUGGUGGAAGUUGAGUGCUGUUACUUCUUUGUUUGCGCCACCCCUGCUCCUUCUCAAACACAAAUCAAACUACUAUUUUCUCUUGAAACAAACCUUUAAGCCUUUAAACCCUAAGACUGAUCAGCAUCAAAUUUCUCCUUGUAAUAUCAAUGCUUUGUAAAACGGAGUGGUCAUGAGAAUUACAGACAUGAUCACACAAGAUUCCUACUUCUGUAGGAAAUGAAUAGGGACAACAGAUGAGAAUUUUGAUCUCUGGGAUUAAAGGGUUAAACCUACCUCAUCCCCAGGCACCUCAGUUGCAUGGACAACAGCGGCACAGCCUUCCCAAGUCACCUUAUACACCACAUAAGAGCAGGAAGGGCUGCCUGGGAUUGGGACAGCCCUUGAAUGUUUUGCUUAAGUAGUUUUACUUUUUAACCUAGGAACUUGAACUUAACAAGCGGGUGCAGUCGGCAGUAGAAGUUGAAUGGGAGAAGAUCACUCAACUGGAGCAAGCAAAGCUUCAGGUCAGUAUUGUGACUCACACCUUAGGCAUGAUUUGUUACCAAUCACUUCACUCUGCCAGAAAACUAAUCUGUAAUCCAAGGCUGCUACUUAAUGAAAGUUUUGGGAGCCCUUCAGGCUCCUAAAAUAAAAAGUUAGGAGCCCGAGCCACAUUUCUAGCAGCCCAUUGUUCGAUAAACUUAAAUAAGUAAGCAGAUACUUUAAACUCGAUUUGUUCGAGUUUCGAAUUUGUUUGUUGACUUUUAGCAGCUGAAAAGUUUCACCUACAUUCGACGAACACACGUUUUACGUUUUUGUUUCAAAAGCGGAAAAUGAUCAGGGAAUUCUGUUGUUCCUUCGUUGGAAGUAGGCAUAGAGGCUAUUGCCAAAAGAAUCAUAAGUUUUAGGCGCCGGUGUGGGCACCUUGUUCAAAUUUUAGUCGCCCUGCGAGAAAAUCGUAGGAGCCUGUGGUGACCAGGCUCCCAUUAGGCAGCAGCCUUGUAACCACAUCAAUACCUGUGAACUUCCGUUUUCCUGAUUUUUAAAAAAUCUUUUUUCUCCUGAGGUAGCUCGAGGCUAGCAUCGGACAUUUGGAAAGGUAUGAACAAUUCAGUCGAUAAAGUACAUAACGAAAGUUACAAACAUUGGAAAAAUUAAAAUUGAGUUAAAAGUUACAAUUGAAUUAAAACCAUAGUAUUGUUAAGUUAUAAUAAAAACAAAGCCUAUUUACCGAGCAGUUCCUAAAGCGUUCUGUGUAAAGACUUUAUAUAUGUCAAAGUAAGAAAUUGCGUGUUUUCUCGUGCAGAACAAAACUUGAUUCUGAUGCCGCACAUCGUGCCGAGACAGAGAAACUUGAGGAGCAGCUCAGAUCAGCCAUAGACAUCAAGGUAGGUGCGCACCCCACUCCUCUCCCUAGUCAUCUCUAGUUAUCCCAGUCAUACCUAGUCAUCCCAGUCAUCCCUACUCAUCCCUAGUCAUCUUAGUCAUCCCUAGUCAUCCUUACCCAUCCCUUGUCAUCCCAGUCAUCUCUAGUCAUCCCUAGUCAUUCCUAGUCAUCCCUAGUCAUCCCUAGUCAUUCUUAGUCACCCCAGUCAUCCCAGUCAUCCGUAGUAAUCCCAGUCAUUCCUAGGAUUCUCUAGUCAUCCCAGGUAUCCCUAGUCAUCCUUAGUCAUCCCAGUUAUCCUUAGUCAUCCCUAGUCAUCCCAGUCAUCCGUAGACAUCCCAGUCAUCCCUAGUCAUCCCAGUCAUUCCUAGUCAUCCCUACUCACCCCAGUCAUCCAAAGUUACCCCUAAUCAUCGCUAGUCAUCCCUAGUCAUCCCAGUCAUCCCCAGUCAUACCUAGUCAUCCCUAAUCAUCCCUAGUCGUCCCAGGCAUCCCUAGUCAUACCUAGUCAUCCCAGUCAUCCUUAGUCAUCCCUAGUCAUCCCACUCAUCCCUAAUCAUCCCUAGUCAUCCCUAGUCAUCCCAGUCAUCCCCAGUCAUACCUAGUCAUCCCUAAUCAUCCCUAGUCAUCCCAGGCAUCCCUAGUCAUCCCUAGUCAUCCCUAGUCAUCCCUAGUCAUCCCACUCAUCCCUAAUCAUCCCUAGUCAUCCCUAGUAAUCCCUAGUCAUCUCAGUCAUCCCUAGUCAUCCCUUGUCAUCCCUACGCAUCCCAGUCAUCCCUAGUCACCCGUAGUCAUCCCUAGCAAUCCCUAGUCAUCCCAGUCAUCCCUAGACAUCCCUAGUCAUCCCUAAUCAUCCCAGUUAUCCUUAGUCAUCCCUAGUCAUCCCAGUGAUCCCUAGUCAUCCGUAGUGAUCCCUAGUCAUUCCAGUCAUCCCUAGUCAUCCCUAGUCAUCCGUAGUGAUCCUUAGUCAUCCGUAGUGAUCCCUAGUGAUCCCAGGCAUCCCUAGUCGUCCGUAGUGAUCCCUAGUCAUUCAGGUCAUCACAGUCAUCCCUAGUCAUCCGUCGUGAUCCCUAGUCAUUCCAGUCAUCCCUAGACAUCCCUGCUCAUCCCUAGUCAUCCGUAGUCACCCUAGUUAUCCCAGUCAUCCCUAGUCAUCCCUAGUCGUCCCAGUCGUCCCAGUCAUCCCUAGUCAUCCCUAUUCAUCCGUAGUCAUCCCAGUCAUCCCUAGUCAUCCGUAUUCAUUCAUAGUCAUCCCUAGUCAUCCCCAGUCAUCCCAGUCAUCCAUAGUCAUCUCUUGUCAUCUCAGUCAUCCCUAAUCAUCCCUAGUCAUCCUUAGUUAUCCCAGUCAUCCCUACUCAUCCCAGUCAUCCCUAGGCAUCCUUAGUCAUCCCAGGCAUCCCUAGUCAUCCCUAGUCAUCUCAGUCAUCCUUAGUCAUCGCUAGUCAUCCCAGUCAUCCUUAGUCAUCUUUAGUCAUCCCUAGUCAUCCCAGCCAUCCCUAGUCAUCCCUAGUCAUCCCAGUAAUCCCUAGUCAUCCCAGUCAUCCCUAGUCAUCCCUAGUCAUUCCAGUCAUCCCUAGUCAUCCAGUCAUCCCUAGUCAUCCUUAGUCAUCCCUAGUCAUCCUUAGUCAUCCCUAGUCAUCUCUAGUCAUCCUUAGUCAUUCCUGUCAUCCCUAGGCAUCCCAGUCAUCCCUCGUCAAUCUUAGUCAUCCCUGUCAUCCCUUGUCAUCCCAGUCAUCCCUAGUCAUCCCAAUCAUCCUUAGUCAUCCCUAGUCAUCCCUACUCAUCCCUGGCAUCCCUAGUCAUCCCUAGUCAUCCCAGUCAUCCCUAGUCAUCUCUAGUCAUCCCUAGUCAUCCCAGUCUUCCUUAGUCAUACCUAGUCAUCCCAGUCAUCCCUAGUCAUCCCUAGUCAUCCCAGUCAUCUUUAGUCAUCCUUAGUCAUCUCUAGUCAUCCCCAGUCAUCCCUAGUCAUCCGUAGGAUUCUCUAGUCAUCCCAGGCAUCCCUAGUCAUCCUUAGUCAUCCCAGUUAUCUUUAGUCAUCUCUAGUCAUCCCUAGUCAUCCCUAGUCACCCCAGUCAUCCCUAGUCAUCCCUAGUCAUCCGUUGUCAUCCCAGUCAUCCCCAGUUAUCCCUAGUCAUCCUUGGUCAUCCCUAGUCAUUCCAGCCAUCCCUAGUCAUCCCAGUCAUCCCUGGUCAUCCCAGUCAUCCCUAGUCAUCCCAGUCAUCCCUAGUCAUCCCAGUCAUCCCUAGGUAUCCCUGGUCAUCCUAGGCAUCCCUAGUCAUCUUUAGUCAUCCCAGUCAUCCUUAGUCAUCCCUAGUCAUCCCUAGUCAUCCCUAGUCAUCGCUAGUCAUCCCAGUCAUCCCUAGGAUUCUCUAGUCAUCCCAGGCAUCCCUAGUCAUCCGUAGUCAUCCCAGUCAUCCCUAGUUAUCUCUAGUCAUCCGUAGUUAUCUCAGUCAUCUCUAGUCAUCCCAGUCAUCCCUAGUCAUCUUUAGUCAUCCUUAGUCAUGUCUAGUCAUCCCCAGUCAUCCCUUGUCAUUCCUGUCAUCCCUAGUCAUCCCAGUUAUCUCUAGUCAUCCCUAGUCAUCUCUUCUCAUCCCUAGUCAUCCCAGUAAUCGCUAGUCAUCCCUAGUCAUUCGUAGUCAUCCCAGUCAUCCCUGGGCAUCCCUAGUCAUCCCUAGUCAUCCCUAGUCAUCCCAGUCAUCCCUAGUCAUCUUUAGUCAUCCUUAGUCAUCUCUAGUCAUCCAUAGUCAUCCCUAGUCAUUUCUGUCAUCCCUAGUCAUCCCAGUCAUCCCUAGUUAUCCCUACUCAUCCCUAGUCAUCCCUACUCAUCCCUAGUCAUCCCUAGUCAUCCCAGUCAUCCUUAGUCAUUCGUAGUCAUCGUCAAUCAUCCAAGUCAUCCCUGUCAUCCCUAGUCAUCCCAGUCAUCCCUCGUCAUCCUCAGUCAUCCCUGUCUUCCCUUGUCAUCCCUAGUCAUUUCUGUCAUCCCUAGUCAUCCCAGUCAUCCCUAGUCAUCCCUAGUCAUCCCUACUCAUCCCUAGUCAUCCCUAGUCAUCCCAAUCAUCGCUAGUCAUCUCUAGUCAUCCCUAGUCAUCCCAGUCAUCCCUAGUCAUCCCUAGUCAUCCCUGUCAUCCCUGUCAUCCCUAGUCAUCCCAGUCAUCCCUCGUCAUCCUUAGUCAUCCCUGUCAUCCCUUGUCAUCCCAGUCAUCUUUAGUCAUCCUUAGUCAUCUCUAGUCAUCCCCAGUCAUCCCUAGUCAUCCGUAGGAUUCUCUAGUCAUCCCAGGCAUCCCUAGUCAUCCUUAGUCAUCCCAGUUAUCCUUAGUCAUCCCUAGUCAUCCCUAGUCUUCCCUAGUCACCCCAGUCAUCCCUAGUCAUCCGUUGUCAUCCCAGUCAUCCCCAGUCAUCCCUAGUCAUCCUUAGUCAUCCCAGUCAUCCUUCGUCAUCCCUAGUCAUUCCAGCCAUCUCUAGUCAUCCCUAGUCAUCCCAGUGAUCCCUGGUCAUCCCUAGUCAUCCCUAGUCAUCCCUAGUUAUCCCAGUCAUCCCUGGUCAUCCCAGUCAUCCCUAGUCAUCCUUAGUCAUCCCAGUCAUCCUUCGUCAUCCCUAGUCAUUCCAGCCAUCCCUAGUCAUCCCUAGUCAUCCCAGUGAUCCCUGGUCAUCCCUAGUCAUCCCUAGGUAUCCCAGUCAUCCCUGGUCAUCCCAGUCAUCCCUAGUCAUCCUUAGUCAUCCCAGUCAUCCUUCGUCAUCCCUAGUCAUUCCAGCCAUCCCUAGUCAUCCCUAGUCAUCCCAGUGAUCCCUGGUCAUCCCUAGUCAUCCCUAGUCAUCCCUAGGUAUCCCAGUCAUCCCUGGUCAUCCCAGUCAUCCCUAGUCAUCCUUAGUCAUCCCAGUCAUCCCUAGACAUCCCUAGUCAUCCGUAGUCAUUCCAGUCAUCUCUAGUCAUCCCUAGUCAUCCCUAGUCAUCCCUAGUCAUCGCUAGUCAUCCCAGUCAUCCCUAGGAUUCUCUAGUCAUCCCAGGCAUCCCUAGUCAUCCGUAGUCAUCCCAGUCAUCCCUAGUUAUCUCUAGUCAUCCGUAGUUAUCUCAGUCAUCUCUAGUCAUCCCAGUCAUCCCUAGUCAUCUUUAGUCAUCCUUAGUCAUGUCUAGUCAUCCCCAGUCAUCCCUUGUCAUUCCUGUCAUCCCUAGUCAUCCCAGUUAUCUCUAGUCAUCCCUAGUCAUCUCUUCUCAUCCCUAGUCAUCCCAGUAAUCGCUAGUCAUCCCUAGUCAUUCGUAGUCAUCCCAGUCAUCCCUGGGCAUCCCUAGUCAUCCCUAGUCAUCCCUAGUCAUCCCAGUCAUCCCUAGUCAUCUUUAGUCAUCCUUAGUCAUCUCUAGUCAUCCAUAGUCAUCCCUAGUCAUUUCUGUCAUCCCUAGUCAUCCCAGUCAUCCCUAGUUAUCCCUACUCAUCCCUAGUCAUCCCUACUCAUCCCUAGUCAUCCCUAGUCAUCCCAGUCAUCGCUAGUCAUCCUUAGUCAUUCGUAGUCAUCGUCAAUCAUCCAAGUCAUCCCUGUCAUCCCUAGUCAUCCCAGUCAUCCCUCGUCAUCCUCAGUCAUCCCUGUCUUCCCUUGUCAUCCCUAGUCAUUUCUGUCAUCCCUAGUCAUCCCAGUCAUCCCUAGUCAUCCCUAGUCAUCCCUACUCAUCCCUAGUCAUCCCUAGUCAUCCCAAUCAUCGCUAGUCAUCUCUAGUCAUCCCUAGUCAUCCCAGUCAUCCCUAGUCAUCCCUGUCAUCCCUGUCAUCCCUAGUCAUCCCAGUCAUCCCUCGUCAUCCUUAGUCAUCCCUGUCAUCCCUUGUCAUCCCUUGUCAUCCCAGUCAUCUUUAGUCAUCCUUAGUCAUCUCUAGUCAUCCCCAGUCAUCCCUAGUCAUCCGUAGGAUUCUCUAGUCAUCCCAGACAUCCCUAGUCAUCCUUAGUCAUCCCAGUUAUCCUUAGUCAUCCCUAGUCAUCCCUAGUCUUCCCUAGUCACCCCAGUCAUCCUUAGUCAUCCGUUGUCAUCCCAGUCAUCUCCAGUCAUCCCUAGUCAUCCUUAGUCAUCCCAGUCAUCCUUCGUCAUCCCUAGUCAUUCCAGCCAUCCCUAGUCAUCCCUAGUCAUCCCAGUGAUCCCUGGUCAUCCCUAGUCAUCCCUAGUCAUCCCUAGUUAUCCCAGUCAUCCCUGGUCAUCCCAGUCAUCCCUAGUCAUCCUUAGUCAUCCCAGUCAUCCUUCGUCAUCCCUAGUCAUUCCAGCCAUCCCUAGUCAUCCCUAGUCAUCCCAGUGAUCCCUGGUCAUCCCUAGUCAUCCCUAGUCAUCCCUAGGUAUCCCAGUCAUCCCUGGUCAUCCCAGUCAUCCCUAGUCAUCCUUAGUCAUCCCAGGCAUCCCUAGACAUCCCUAGUCAUCCGUAGUCAUCCCAGUCAUCUCUAGUCAUCCCUAGUCAUCCCUAGUCAUCCCAGUCAUCCCUUGUUAUCCCAGUCAUCCCUAGUCAUCCCUAGUCAUCCCUAGUCAUCCUUAGUCAUCCCAGUCAUCCCUAGGAUUCUCUAGUCAUCCCAGGCAUCCCUAGUCAUCCGUAGUCAUCCCAGUCAUCCCUAGUUAUCCCUAGUCAUCCGUAGUUAUCUCAGUCAUCCCUAGUCAUCCCUAGUCAUCUUUAGUCAUCCUUAGUCAUGUCUAGUCAUCCCCAGUCAUCCCUAGUCAUUCCUGUCAUCGCUAGUCAUCCCAGUUAUCCCUAGUCAUCCCUAGUCAUCCCUAGUCAUCUCUACUCAUCCCUAGUCAUCCCAGUCAUCGGUAGUCAUCCCUAGUCAUUCGUAGUCAUCCCAGUCAUCCGUGGUCAUCCCUAGUCAUCCCUAGUCAUCCCAGUCAUCCCAGUCAUCCCUAGUCAUCUUUAGUCAUCCUUAGUCAUCUCUAGUCAUCCAUAGUCAUCCUUAGUCGUUUCUGUCAUCCCUAGUCAUCCCAGUCAUCCCUAGUCAUCCCUACUCAUCCCUAGUCAUCCCUACUCAUCCCUAGGCAUCCCUACUCAUCCCAGUCAUCGCUAGUCAUCCCUAGUGAUUCGUAGUCAUCGCCAAUCAUCCCAGUCAUCCUUAGUCAUCUCUGGUCAUCCCAGUCACCCUUGGUCAUUCCUAGUCAUCUCUUGUCAUCCCAGCCAUCCCUAGUCAUCCCUAGUCCUCCCUAGUCAUCCGUAGUCAUCCCUAGUUAUCCUUAGUCAUCCCUAGUUAUCUCAGUCAUCCCUAGUCAUCCCCAUUUAUCUUAGUCAUUCCUAGUCAUCUCUAGUCAUCCCAGCCAUCCCUAGUCAUCCCUAGUCAUCCGUAGUCAUCCGUAGUCAUCCGUAGUCAUCCCAGUCAUCCCUAGUUAUCCCUAGUCAUCCGUAGUUAUCUUAGUCAUCCCUGGUCAUCCCCAUUUAUCUUAGUCAUCCCAGUCAUCCCUAGUCAUGCUUGGUCAUCUCUAGUCAUCCCUAGUCAUCCCUAGUCAUCCCUAGUCAUUCCUGUCAUCCCUAGUCAUCCCAGUCAUCCUUAGUCAUCUCUAGUUAUCACUAGUCAUCCCUGGUCAUCUCUAGUCAUCCCUAGUCAUCCCAGUCAUCCCUGGUCAUCCCAGUCAUCCCUAGUCAUCCCUAGUCAUCCCAGUCAUCGCUAGUCAUAGCUACUCAUCCCUAGUCAUCUGUAGUCAUCCCAGUCAUCCCUUGUUAUCCCCGUCAUCCCUAGUCAUCCCAAGUCAUCCCCAGUCUUCCUUAGUCAUCCCUAGUCAUCCCAGUCAUCGUUAGUCAUCCCUAGUCAUCCCAGCCAUCCCUAGUCAUCCCUAGUCAUCCCUAGUCAUCCGUCGUCAUCUCAGUCAUCCCUAGUCAUCCCCAUUUAUCUUAGUCAUUCCUAGUCAUCCCAGUCAUCCCAAGGCAUCCCUAGGCAUCCCUAGGCAUCCUAGGCAUCCCCAGUCAUCCUUAGUCAUCCCAGUCACCCUUAGUCAUCCCUAGUCAUCCCAGUCAUCCGUAGUCAUCCCAGUCAUCGCUAGUCAUCCCUAGUCAUCUCUAGUCAUCCUUAGUCAACCGAGACAUCCCUAGCCAUCCCCCCUCUCUCCCUCCAGGGGCUCCCGCUGGGUGCAAAGAGGAUGUUAGCUAUGAGUUAUAAUUUGUAAUGGUAAGAUACGUGCUGACAUUCACUUUGACUCUUAUCUUGGACGUUGCCUUUGUAUAUCACACAGAGCUUGGCAGAAAAGGAAUGUAAUCAACUCAAGGCGCAACUUCAAGACUCGGCGAACGUGGCAGAUGAAUUGAACAAAGUAAGUGUUAUUUAAUGUUAAUUUAGCACUUUCAUAUAUUUUCUACUGCAUAGCCUGCACUUCCUCUAAUUUAUUUAUUUUUUUUGUAAUAAAAAGGAUAUUGUAUUAUACAGUAAUUAAUAAGGCAUUAGUUUGGGCACUCACCAAUGGUCCAAUAAUUGUCCAACUCUUAUGGUGUUAAAUAACUGGUCUGAUAUUUCUUUUGUUAUGAAGGAAAAAACUCGAAUUCAAGAGCUGAAACAGAAACACCAACAACUGCAAAACCAGUGUCAGAGGUGAGGUUUUUCCAAACAUUCUUCUCCAGUCUUUUUGUGUGCGUUAGCCUGCUGAGUAUUGUAUUGUUAUGUAAUGUUGCGGAUGAUAGGACAACAGUACUUGUCCUUUUAACAUUAUAAUUACGUUGCCAGUUACGACGUGGUCAUCUUAAAGACAGCCACUAUGAUCUUACCAGUUUUGAUUAUUUUCUCUUUUAUUCAGUCUCCUAAGCAAUGAACAGCAACUGUUAGCAGCAAAUGAAAGACUAAAAACAUCCCUGGAGUUAGUAAAUGAUGAACUGAGUAAGUAAAUACAGUUCAGUGCCUUUGAUACCAAUCUUUAUCUCUUUCUUCAUGCUUACUUUCAGGCCUUAUAGAGGUGGACGUAAAUAGUGAAGGGCAAACAGUAGUUUCUUUUUGUUGCUGACGGGGGCAAUCACCAAAUGGAGUAACACAAAAGACUGAUAGGGCGAUUUUUAUAUGACUUUGAAAUGAAAACGCGCGAACAAAACAGAAACAACAAACGAACGGAAGUAGAGCGAUUUGAUUGGUUUAUCGAACGGAUUUAAACACGCGUGGCUUUUGAUUGGCUAAACGAACGCUUGCGUGAAAAAAUGUCAUGCCCCAAGAACUUUCUAGAAAUAAACCGAUACUUCUCUUUGACGUCAUACUGCGUCAAGAGUCAUUGGCCAAUCAAACAUUGCCUUCUCCAUAUUAGGGUUUCUUUGGCGGGAAAAGGAAGAGGCUAUGUUUUUAAUUUUCAUCCAUUGGCUGAUAAAACAAAUAACGAACACUUACAAAACCAUUUUUCAACGUCAUACGAAAAUCGCUCCAAGACACUGAACAAUUGCAACAACACAAAAAUCGACUUCAUCAUUGAUGUACUGAAAAUACGUGUAGGACCUGAACUGGUAAAACUGACUCAUGUGUAAUUAAAACUUGAAAAUGUCGAGAUAAACCUUAUGAUCUGAUUUUAGCCAAACUGUCAAGUCGCUUUGUUUUCUGUGAUUGAUGGGUAAAGGAGGACGGGAGGGGGGGGAAGGUGAAUGAGUGGCUUUAUAGGGAGAGGUGGGGCUCUUUCCAAAACUCAAACCGUUGAAGAGCGGGUGUGGUUUAAUAGAUCGAAAGAUUACCAGAGUACGAGUAGUCCCCCACUUUUCCUCAGGGAUAGUAGAGCGAGCGAAACGCGAGCUCGUGUGAAAAACACCCCACGCGAGAAAAGGCGACACGCAGCGUGUCGUCUUUUCUCGCGUUGGGUGAUUUUCACGAGCGCUCGCGUUUCGCUCGCUCUGUACUAUCCCUGAGGAAAAAUGGGGGACUACUCGUAGUCUAAAAGAUUAUUUAAAAUGGUUUUAACUGUGGUUUUCAAUGUCGUUUAGGUAUAUUGAGAUCUGAUCUACAAAGACAACAAGACGAAAGUAAUAACUCUCUUGAACAAAAUAGGUACUGGGUUAAACAAUUUUAAAAUUGCAUACUUUGUUUCCCUGAUUCGUGUAGACGCGGUGCCUCAAACCACUCUGGAAAGCGGUUUUAGAAAGACGCGGUUUCGGUUUCGGUGAGCAGAUUCACUGGUUUCGUUUGGACGAAAAAAGAAACGCCGUUUCAAAAAUAUCCGGUUUUGUGUUGACGGGGCCUCUCAGUCUACGAAACCGCAUCCCAGUGUUUCAUGAAACAGAUAUUGUCAAACCCCGCUUUACGGCGACCUGCAUAAUACGGACACCACAGACGGACAGUUUGCUUUGUCCCUGGGGAAAGAAAGCCCUUACAUUUUCUAUAAAUUCAAAAGGCCACUUCCGAGUUCCAAAAACCCUCACUUUCAAAAUGAGGCCGAGUGAAAAUGAGUUUUAUUUGCUUGAGAAUGAAAAAUCAUUUGCAUAUCAAAGGCUGAGCACUUAACCUCGUUUUGAUGCAGAGGCCCAGGGGAACUCGGAAAUGGCACUUUCUUUACCCCUUCCCCCCCCCCCUCAGUGUCCGUAUUGACGGCAUUUGACUCUACAUGUUGUUGUGUUCAAUUGGACUGAACAUUCCACAUGUGCAGUAUGUGGCCCUUGGUCCGCGACGUUUCCGAAAAUGAUAAAAUAUUUCGUCGAAAAAAAACAUACGGAGAAAAAUGAAAGAUCCCGUGAUUUACUGGUUAGCAGUAUUUCAUGAAGGCUCGAAAUUAAAGUUUGUUGACAGGUAGGUUAAGUUUGGACUUUUGCGGCUCCGUUAAUUACAUGAUCAUGUUUACUUAGCUUGUGAAUAAAUAAAACGCAACGGGGAGACGUGCCUUUUUGCAGAAUAGGUUUUCAGAUCAACCUACUUCUGCUGUUGGACGGAUAUUGCUGCAGACUUUGAAUUUUUGUGUUUUAUCGACUCUUGAGAAAUAUCACCAAAUUUCGCGUAGUGGUCCUUGGUCCUCGACCUAUGACCUUGGUUGAAUAAAACUUCGCAAAAUAAAAAGAGACGGCCUUUGUUUUCGAAGAAUGUUUUGAAAGUCUUCCCCAUACAUGUCUACAAGUUCUCUUUUUUAAUACCUCGAAUACAUACAGAGCCGUUUAGUAAUUAGUUUCGACCCCGCCGAAAACCUCUCGUCGACGCCCGUGUGGGAGACUCGAGGGAGACUGACUUGUCCGAAGUCUUUAAAAGAAAAGCAGAUUAUUUUAUACUCACAACAUCUUCCGAAAAAACUAUAGCUCUUUAACUAUAGCUAUUGCACCAAGAAUGGAAAAAAAUACCUGAAAUAUAGUGAAAAUCACGUUUUCGUGUGGAAACUAUCACAUUUUUUCGUUUUUUUCGUGCUGCUUACUUCGGUCGCGGACCAAGGACCAUCGAACACGGUCGCCUUUUCUCGAAUUACAAACAAUAUACUUAAGUUUGGAACUGGCAGCUUCACUAUUAUCAAGAGGAACAUAAAAGCUAUCUUCAGGGAUUAUUUCAGCUCGUUAUGUUUUGUUUCAGGUAAGAAGUUCUUGAUAAUAAUUUUUAGUCGCGGACCAAGGGCCACAUACUGUAUAGUUAAGUAUUGAUGUCUUUUUAAAGUGUUGUCAAGAGAUUAAUUCGUGGGUUUUUGUCCUCAGGCAACAAUGGCAAAAUGAAAAGAAUGGAUUAGAAGCUCAAAUAACUAAACUAGAAAAAGAAUUAAAGAGAAAUGAAGAAAAUUCAAAGAAGCAGGAGAAAGAUAACAAGAAGGUUUGCGAUAAUUGAUAUAACCCGUAUGAGGGUAAUGACUUUUGGAAUGCAUAAUUGGAGGGAUUUCACGACCUGAGUGUAUUUUGUUGUUUUUGCGACGGUGGCGCGAGAAUAAUAGGGAGCUUAAGUAAAGACGUUUUUGAACGACGCACGUAAGCUCAAAACUAAAUUUCGGCUUACUACGCAGAGUGGUUUUGCCCAAAUUUUCCAGCAAAUUGUCUCUGUGAGAGUAGAGACACUAAACAAUACAAAUUUGGUAGCUUCAAGUUCUAUUAUACGGAAAAAAGCAUCACCUCCGGUUGACGUGCGUCGCUCAAAAACGUCUUUUGUUAAAAAAUGGAUUUUUACUUGUGCGCGCAGAAAACAGUAGUUACGGACAGAAUUGUUCCUCCGUCUUCUUGUCAAGGUGGCCGUAAAUGGCAAUAAAGUCGAAUCAAUGGUGUAGUCAACCCGGCUUUUCUGACACCCGCCUAAUACGGACACCUCAGUAUUAGGGACAGUUUGCUUUGUCCCUGGGAAAAGAAAUCCCUUACAAUUUCUCUAAAUUCAAUCCGCUUAAUGUCAUUAUAUGGACACUCCGAUAAUAUGGACACCUUCCGUGGUCCCCUCAGUGACCUUUUGAACGGGGUUUUACUGUAGUACAUUUUUUUUGUUAUUUUCUCUAACUAUAGAAAGCUUACCCUUUUUUCUUUCAGAAAUCCAAAAAACACAAACAAACGAUAAACCAACUCCAGGACAAGAUACGGGUUUUAGAAGCAAAAGAAGACCAGCUAAAACUAGAAAAAGAUUCGGUGAAGUAAGUUAUCACAGUGUCGUUAAACGUCUCAAUGUGUAGGAUUCGGUCAAACAUGCCAGAGAUGAGAAAACGAUCACGUAUAACUUUGACUGAAAAUUCUGAAAGAUAAUCUAAGGAAGCUGUAUCAUUCACCACGAACGAAAGCCAGCUUGGUCUUUGACUUGUGGCUUGCUUUUUGCCAGGCAGUGACCAAGAAAUAGUUGACUAGCUUCAAACAGCGUUUUUUGACAAACUUUCUAGGGUUGAAUGGGUUUAGCACUCUUCAAAGCAAUAGCCUGUGUGGCAGGCGUUAAAACCAUUUUCAAAUAGACCAUACAGCACCUUGCUUACCCCCUCCCCCCCCGCCUCUUCUACCCAAAAAAAUUUGCAUAGCCAUUGUUUCCAACGGUCGUCCCGAGAGAAAUCGAAAACAAUGGUUAAGUACAUUUUGUUUUGUUUUGUUUGUUUGUUUGUUUUUUGGGGUAAACAAGGUGCACUAUAGUUUAUAUGAAAAAGUUGAAUCCCCUUCCUCUUUAUCAAAAUCCGACAAUUUCUAGCCUGCGUAGCAGGCGUCGAAAGGGGUAGGGGAUAGGGAGAAAGGGAAAAAGGGAGGGGGAUUGGGGAGAAAGGGGAAGGGUAAGAAAAUGAGAGACUGGUCGUAGUCUGUUUGUCGUGUUUGCUGCGGGAGCAAGAGCAGUAAUAUGUUUCAUUUCGCUCGAUUAUGAUAUCACUUGAAAAAAGCGUCUCAACUUGACAAUUUCCGGUAAACAAAGUAAUUAAGUUCGGACCAUUCUGAGAAGCCCCGUAGUUGUGAUUGGUCACGUAUUGACAGUGACAUUAUCGGAUUAGUUCAGAAAAUGGUGGGCGGAUUACAAUGACACCGGCUCUUAUAGCAGGCGCUCCCUUCCCUAUCCCCUCUUUUGUGCUUUUCUCCCUCCCCCCUCCCCUUUUUGCGCCUGCCACGCAGGCUAACAAUUUCGGAUAUGCGUACAUCCUUUUUUCUAAGAGAAAUUAAAUUAAUUUUGUUAAACGAGUACGGUGUUUAUAAAGUUCUUGUCCGGUUUCAAUUUAGUGAGCAGAUAUUUACGUAUGGUAUCGAGAUGGUUCGUCCUGUUUUCUUGAUGAGGAAAACGUUUUAGCGUUACUGAAUAAAUUCCAAAACAAGAGAAUGCAAAAGCGCAAAAAUAAAUUUCCCCUUAAUUUGAUUUGAUCUUGCACCGAGGCGACCGAGUUACUUUAUCCUUGGUUUUCUAAUAUGACUUGCAGGAAACAUUUGGAGCUGGAGAAUGAGAAGCUUAGGAGACAGAUGGAAAAGGUGGGAGUCGUAGUUUAUAUUAUUAUUGUUUUUGUAAAUUUACAAAAUCUCUAAGCACGACAAAAAAUCGGAAAAUAAGAAAUGUUUGCAGACCAUUUAAUCUUUUUACGUUUCUAAUUUCUGUUAAACGGGAUUUUUUCAUAAUCUACAAGUGUACAGUGCGUGAAAAUGAAAAUUUAAAGAAAUCUGCUACACUGCUACAUGUUAUUGUCUUGCUUGUCCCUCUCUUGCUUAAAGAAGACUUCCUCAAAACCAGAUAGGACCACCAGGCUGGCAUUUCAAAUUUGCAAAUUUUGUGGGUGUAGUCGUGGGUGGGAUUUACACUAAAAUGAGUUCCCAACAAAAGAAACUUAACUCGCUCCUUUAAUACAACUUACCUACUUUGUAUAUGAACCUUUUAUAGUUCAGGAAAAGGCAGAAUCGUUUCAAGAGUGUAUUAGACAGUGGUCAGGGUGCAGGAGUGACAUUUUUCCCUGCCUCAAGUUCACCGGUGCCAUUUAACUCUACUCUAGAUCAGGUAAACAGAGGAAUUAAAGAUAAAUGCAACACAAAUUGUAUUAUUGUGAUAAAGCUUACUUCACUAUUGAGCGGCGGAUUUAGACCCUGAGGAAAGGGGGGUGGGGUGGAGCUAGUCCAGACCAAGUGAUAAGGGAGGGUGGGCUAGGAAGACUUUCUCUCUGGGCCCUCCGGGCCUCGUCUUGAUCGAAAAAUAAGCUCUUAGAUCCGCCAGAACGACAAAACUUCAUCUUCUAUAUUUUACCUAAUUAUACUUCUUAAAAGUGUGUGUUCUUGGGACGCAAUAGGCCCAGUUCAAAGGAGGGCAGCUAGGCAAUGGCCUCUAAAUCUCUUUUACAAUCGCUGGACUACGGGGUAACUAUUCAAACUUUCAAGUUCAUUGACACUGAACCUAAUCCAUUCAAAUAACGUGUGAGUAAAGUUAGCGAUUCGUUUGCUCAACGAAAAGGUACCGAUACUCUGCUGUUCACAUUUUGCCUUCAUUAUUCUUUUUCUGCGGCUAUUCUUUAACAGGAAUCGCUCACUUUUAGGUUCACUCUUAAACUCCGCAAGACACCUAUUGGCGACCUAAACAGCUAAACUGAAGAGUUGUUUGGGCUUGCAUUUCCUGAGCGUUUUUUAUGCACUUCCUAUUGAUUCUAAUGCACUUCCCGUUGUUUACCAAAGUGGCUGAAAACAAUACUGCAAUGGGUGAACAUGUCAAGUACAAGAUAACCCAUGAAAAUUUGACAAUACAACUUCAGAGUUGGUCUAUUAUCCAAAACAGGAACUCUGAUGUAGGUAAAACCCAAGGUCAGCUUAAAUCCCAAGCAAAACCUACUUAAAAAAUCAAACCUCAAAUUAACAAACCCAUUGAAAAGACGAUUACACUCAUAAACCCGUAAAACACUCAUACAUGUGGGGUACCGGGAGUUAUGCAUGUUAAUGUUACGGCUCAGAAAAGCCUCUCUCGGGUAUAAAAGGUCUGCUAGUAAUAGGCGUGCUAGUCUUUUACGGUCACUCUUGGUUACAGAGCUACUUCUAACAAAAAAUGUCUUUCAGGAUUGUCAACAGCGGGAUAUCAUGACUGUCAGAGAUCGUCUAGAAGAACUUGAAGAAAACCAAAAGCAUAUAAGCGACUUACUGGCAAACACGGAGAGGCCUGGGGAUGACCUGAGAAUUAGUUGACACCAGGAAUUUAAGUCAGCCAAACGAGUUCAAAGCUCUCACGAACUUUUAACAUUCAGACGUGUCAAAAUCAUAUUUAUUCCUAGUUGUCCAAAAAACGAAAAAUUUAUUGGGAAAUGAAUACAUUAUAUUACAAUUUUAUAGUGUGAUGACCUUUUUGCAAGGUGUGUACAUAAGUUUCUUUUACAAAGGAUUGUCUUUGAUCAGUUUGUCUGCCAACUAAAAGACUAUGGAGUGUUUUAUAUAAUAAAUUAUUUUUUAUAAUAAAUUUCAGUAGAGGG